AGAACUUGCAAGACUGGUGACAGGGUAAAAGUAGCGUGCCGUUAAUGUUGGUCCUCCCUGUCAUUAAUAAUGACCCUUGCUCUGAGGAGCUGUGAAGAUGAUCCAGCUCAAAGCAAAUACUGGUACUCGCGGCAAACUUUGCUGUAAGCUUUGCUCAGAGUAUUUUUCAGCAGGUUUAAUCAGACUUUGCAACCUUCAGAGUAGGGGCCUACAGGGCCCUUGCUUAAGCUCAGUUUAUGACCUCUCACGAUGUCAGUAGCAGCUCAGUGCUUGAACAACCUCAGCGAAAAAGCACUGUGUGAGAGAAAUGAGCCAUCGCUUGAUGUUACGGUUCUCAAGUUGUGAACCCGCAUGUGUGAACUUGCUCACUGAAAGAAGAGAGGAUACGUGCUUUUGCACACUUCUAAGUACUCAGUUUGUUGCCACACUUGUGCUGUUGGAGAAUUUCAACCACGUGUGUGUGACCUGUAAAUGCAUUUUCAUACAACUGCAUAGAUAGAAGAAGUUCUGUUUCAUUCUUUAUGCAUUUAAUCAUUUCUUGUGUGCAUGUGUGUGUAUUCUUUUAUAGUAUUUAUCAAUUGCAACAUGGAUGCAAGCAAGAAAACAGAUCCCCCAGUGUCGAUGGAAACAGUCCAACAAAAGGCAAAUCCUGUUCGCAGCCCCAUACCAGCUAUUUAUAUACCAGAACAAGGUGGUUACAAAGAAAAAUUUGUGAAUGCAGUGGAGGACAAAUACAAAUGUGAAAAGUGUCAUCUCAUAUUGUGCAAUCCAAGGCAGACAGAAUGUGGUCAUCGGUAUUGUGAGACCUGCAUCAGUGCUUUGCUAAGUUCUACAAGCCCAAAAUGUACAGCAUGUCAAGAAAUAAUAGUGAAAGAUAAGAUAUUUAAGGAUAAUUGCUGUAGGAGGGAGCUUCUUGCCCUUCAGAUAUUCUGCAGAAAUGAAAAUAAAGGCUGCAGAGAACAAUUAACCUUGGGACAGUUGCUUACACAUCUGAAAAACGACUGUCUGUUUGAAGAACUUCCAUGCCCUCGUGCAGAUUGUAACGAAAAAAUACUGAGAAGAGACUUGCCAGACCAUGCUGAAAAGACCUGUAAAUAUCGGGAAACAACAUGUAAAUAUUGUAAAAGCCAAGUUCCAAUGAUUAUGAUACAGAAACAUGAAGAUGCAGAGUGCCCUUGUGUUAUGGUUACAUGUCCUCACAAAUGCAGUGUUUCUGCACUCCUGAGAAAAGAGUUGAAUGCACAUUUGUCAGAAUGUAUUAAUGCCCCAAGUACCUGUAGUUUUAAGCGUUAUGGCUGCACUUUUCAGGGAACAAAUCAACAAGUUAAAGCACACGAAGCCACCUCAGCAGUGCAGCAUGUAGACUUAUUGAAAGAGUGGAGUAAUUGCCUAGAAAAUAAGGUGGCGUUGCUCCAGAAUGAAAGUUUGGAAAAGAACAAGAGUAUACAAACUUUACAUAAUCAAAUUUGUAGCUUUGAAAUAGAAAUUGAGAGACAGAAGGAAAUGCUGCGGAGCAAUGAAUCUAAAAUCCAUCAUUUACAGCGUGUGAUAGAUAGUCAAGCUGAGAAGCUGAAAGAACUGGACAAAGAAAUCCGUCCCUUCCGACAGAAUUGGGAGGAGGCAGACAGCAUGAAGAGUAGUGUUGAGUCCCUCCAGAACAGAGUGACUGAGUUGGAAAGCGUUGACAAAACUGCUGGGCAAGGAGCUAGAAAUGCAGGUCUUCUAGAAUCUCAGUUAUCUAGGCAUGAUCAAAUGCUGAGUGUUCACGAUAUCCGGUUGGCUGACAUGGAUCUCCGAUUUCAAGUUCUGGAAACAGCGAGUUACAAUGGAAUACUAAUCUGGAAGAUCCGCGAUUAUAAACGUCGGAAGCAAGAGGCUGUCAUGGGGAAGACUUUGUCCUUAUACAGCCAACCUUUUUACACAGGAUACUUUGGCUAUAAGAUGUGUGCCAGGGUUUACCUCAAUGGAGAUGGGAUGGGUAAAGGGACGCACUUGUCAUUAUUCUUUGUCAUAAUGCGGGGAGAAUAUGAUGCAUUGCUUCCAUGGCCAUUCAAGCAGAAAGUCACCCUUAUGCUGAUGGAUCAGGGACCUUCUCGGCGCCACUUAGGAGAUGCUUUCAAACCAGACCCUAACAGCAGUAGUUUCAAGAAGCCCACUGGAGAAAUGAAUAUUGCUUCUGGCUGUCCAGUCUUUGUUGCACAAACUGUUCUAGAAAACGGAACAUAUAUUAAAGAUGAUACUAUUUUUAUUAAAGUCAUAGUGGAUACAUCAGACCUACCAGACCCCUGACGUAUAGCAGAGAGGCAGAUUCAACAGAAGACAACUCCAUUUGGGGCUCUUUUUUUAUAUCUGUCUUCAGUGAGAGGUCCCUAAAGCUCGGAGGGGACCACCUUGUGUUAACAGAAGGGAAAGUUUGGAGGUAUAACUUACAUAGGGUCCAAUGCCAAACAUAGCAACCCAUUCAGAAAUCAUACCAUGGUAUAUUUUCUAAACUAGUAGGAACACUUCACAUUCUGACAAGUCACUUAAUCCUCAUGAGGACAAAGAUUACUGUCAGAAAAGCUUUUCGUAAUUUAUUGAUAACCUAAUCAGUUGGAAAGAAGACAACAAAGUAUCCUCUGCUGAAUAAGACAUCAGACUUUUCUUCCUUUUGAACUAGAGAACAAAAGUAAAAGUUCACAUGUGGGUUAGCUAGAAACUGUCAGCAUGUUACGUAAAUAAAAAGAAGAAAUUAUGAAGUAAUGUUAAAGAUAUUAUUACUUUAAAAAUCUAAGUGCAAUCUUGUCUGAAAUAUAGUAUAUUGUCUAUUUUUAAGGCCUCAUCUGGUCUCUGUUUUAAAAUAAUUACUUUGUCAGAAGACCUCAACAAAAUGUCUAGAUCUUCUUGAAAGUGUCUAAAUCAGAGUCAUAUUUUUGUUUAGAGUUCUAUUAAUUGCUACAGAAAACAUUUUAUUUUAAAACUGUUGAUAGACUGAUAUUUCUUGGAAGAAAAAAAAGAUCAAAUGCAGGUUAUCACUUGUGAUAUGAAAAGAAACUAUUCAACUAUUGCUGUUAUUUCUCUUUAGAAAUGUAAACCUACAAUAUAUGUCGUAGUUAAUGACACUAUUUCAAAAUUAAGAAAAAAUAAUCACUCAUGGAUGCUGUGCAUCAUUAUCAGAUUUAUAAUUUUCACCCUAAAAUAGGGCAUUUGUUGAACUUUGGAGUUCUAAACGGAAUCCUGUAUGUUUUUAAAGUUCUGCCUCAUGCGCUCAGACCAAGCUCUAGAAAAUAUAUGUGUGUGUGUAUAUAAAAAUAUAUAUAAUCUAUUUUUUGCUAAAGCAUAAAUGUGCAACAUAUUUUUGGUGUUUGAGAAGAGGUGCAGUGCUGUGUAAUACAUAUAUGGGAAACCUGCUAAUUAUUCCUCUACAUAGAAAUUAUCACAUCUUACAGAGGAUGCUGGUUAGGAGAAAGCAGUGUCUUAAUGGGAAUGGUGGCUUGCAUGUAUUCAUGUGCCUUAGCGGUGAUGUGCUGCUUCCUAGCUCAUAGCUUUGUAUUCAGAUUUUAAUUUCAGAUUCCUGAAAUAGUCAUUUUAACUGGACUUUAGGCAUAAUGUGCUGACUGGUCUGUAAAGCCCGCCAAUAUUUUUCAGCAUGCAGAAAUUAGAACCCAAGAUGUGCGCUUCUGGUGUACCAGAGAUUCCAUCAACUCAGUGUCAUGGAAUACUACUUAUUCAGGUGCUAUAUUUCUGUGCACAAUGCUCCUAUGGAGCUGGGACGUUGGACAGUGCCCCCAAUUUCCAAAGCAGUAGGCAAAUUGCUGCAUGGUGACAUGUUUUUAGGUAGCAGAGCUAACGUAAUUUCAAAUCGGCUCAAUCCAGAACUUCAAGGGAAUAUAUUAACUAGUACAUUCAUGAUGGUUGUUUUCUGACACAUACCCCUGCAGGAAAAUCCACAGGAUCUUCCUUUUUUAAACAACUACCUGAGCUUUACUAGAAAGCAUUUUCCAGCCUUUGAAUCAUGCUGAUUGCGACCCACAGAACUUACUGGCUUCUGUUUUAAUAGUCCCUUGUGUGACUAGUAAGUCUAAUGGCAUAGCUGGACUGUACACCAACCAUGUGGGUGCUGCUUUAAUUGCAUGGGUGCCGUGCAGCACAAGAGUGCUCCCCUAGACUUUGCUGACAAGCACAUGGGAAAGGAAUUUCACACCCUGUUCUCUAGCCAGUCAUGUUGUGUCUGCUUAACUUUCCACUUAGGGUGUUAUAGCCAGAGUUCAUGUCUAGGGCUCAGUUGAAUGGUCAUGUCUUUUGUAGUUCAGUUCCUUGCUCUUGCCAUUGUCUUUUAUGGCUGUGCCUUCCCACGCAGUGCCUGCCAGAAGUAUUUUUCUGUUAAUAAACAUACAGUGCAUGCGGAGUGGUCCUCAUGGGUUUUCUUCAGGCACCUGCUUGAAUACUGCCUGCUUCUUGACAGCCAGAUCAUUCAGUAGCAACACGUCUUCCUCUUCUUGCCUUCCACCAUUCAGGUACUGUAUUUUCUCUUAUGGUACUGAGUUGCCAACUGUGACAAACUAACUUAAGAAGGCAUGUUUUAGAAUUAUAGCUCUGAUACGAAAGGAAGACUUCCUGUCGAAGGGAUACAUGGUGCAGUUUUAUGCAGGCUGAUAUAAACCCACCCCCUUCUGCUUUAGGGAAAAGAGUUAACUCGGCUUGUGACACUAUUCUAAUAGUCAUGAAUAUAGGCAGCUGAGCUUUUGUAUAUGCAUUACAGAAUUUUACUGAAAACAGGAUUCCCUAGUGGAAAUGUCCAAAGGGCUCACCUACCCAUUGCUACUGCAUUAUGGAAAUCUUUACCAAUGUGAUCUUCUAUGAACAGUUUAUGUCCUGUUUGAAUAUGAUGCUAUUAGAGAAUAAUUUGUGUUAUAAUCCAGGACUCAUGCAGGGCAGCAUUCUUUUUAAAACAAACAUUUUCUUUAAACCCUUGAAAAUGUGAAUAGGAUGUUCUUUGAGAUAGUCUAGAAAUGGCUGAUAACUUUGGCUUAUAAACUCCAUUGGUUACCUGAUCCAUUCUUAGUUGUACAGGUUCCUUACAGAAAAUUAAUCCAACCAUUUUCCAAAGUUUAAGUAUUGUGAGGCCAUGCCAUUAUUAGGAUUGGUGUACUUCACUGAAACUUACCUGUGUCUACAUGUAACAAGGCCAGAAUCAGCAUAGAGAUGAAAAUGUUUUUCUGCCUGUCAUUCUCAUAGAUGCAUCCAGCUGCUGUAAUUCAUAGAGCAGAUUCCCAGUCUCCUGCCAGUAAGACUAAGCUAAUUUCUGUACAUGGUUCUUUUUUGGACACAUAAGGACAAAAUGACUCUGGAACUACAACUGGGACUACUGAGUGAAAGGUUAGCUUGGAGCUUCCUUGGUGCUAGAUUUUAGCAAAGUGGCUCUUGCUUCUCAGAAUGGUUUAACCUGGGACUGUGUAAAUUCAGUGCUCUUUGGCAUGGGUCAUCGAAUGUUGUCUAUAGAGGUCUAGCAAGCAAAUUAAAAUCGUAUUCAGCAACUUUGGCAGCCUGGGCUGCCGUUCUAUAUGUUCUUGACCACAGCAUUCUCUCUACUGAAGUUGUUGCCUCAAAGACACAGGGCUUACCAGUAUAUUAUGGCAAUUUAAAAUAUUAUCUCCUUUUCAAUAGUAACUCUCCCCAGUAUAUUUAGCUGGUUUAUCAUGCCUGAUCCUAGCUUGAGGACAAAAUAUUUUCCUGAUAAUGCAGGUAAACUGAGACGUGACUCACACAUAUGGUCUCAUUUGGUGGCAGAUUUGGAAGUAAUUAGCUAUCUCUGACAUGUGGUAUGUAGCAAAAUGUAUGGACAGCCAUCUGGGAUGGUGUAAAUUGGUGUCCUAUGAUUCUAUGAUACAAGCACCCUGUUCAUAGGUAAUUAGCAUGAUAUCUAGACACUUUGGAUUGUGGAUUGGUUUGUGAGUAAAACAGCCAAAAAUGAGACUGAAUUUUAUUCUUUAAUUAAGCCACAAUUCAAACAGCUGUUUUAUUCAACUGCCAUUUAAAUUCUGCAGAUGCCACCUACAAAUGGGAAGAAGGUUUUCACAAAGUGUGCAGUUUUCUUUCUUUUACUUUUCCUUCAUCUGGGGUCCAAAAUUUCUUAUUUACAUUUGUAGCUCAUCUCAGCUAGGUGUUGGUUUUAUAGGCUUAACACAUACUUUUGAGUCUGGUUGCCAAAAGCAAGCCCAAAUAAAUGGUCUUAGAAUGCUUCCAGCAGAUGUUUAGUUUUGACUGCUGCAAGAUUUCAAGAGAAAGGAUUCUACAGUUUAGGAAGAGACAGCCUCCAAAAUCUCACUUUCUUCAUGCUCAUAUAGUCCUAACUUAUGGACUGUAAAUCAAGACUGUAGUUUUGCUAGGCCUUUAUUGAUGAUAGGAAAUGAUAGGCCGAGGCAGACAGUGAGAUGCCUUUUAUGAAAAGGCUUUGUUAAUGUCUUGUUUCAAGGGAGGUGUGAGGGUGAAAAGGAAGCACAAAAGUCCAAAGGUGUUGGUAAAUUCUAGUGGUUGAAUUAUUAAUUUAUCAGACAGAUAUUUUCUAGAUUCUUUCUCGCAUGAUGUUCUUAACUGCUGCUGCAAUUCCAAUAAUAACACCAGAGUUACACUGGUGUUGCUUAACCAUCUAGCAAUUUGGGGUUUCACUGCAAGUGCAGGUAAUUCAGUGUGAAUGUUCUGGUCACUACCCUUCAAACACUUUGCAAAGCACAGUUCCAACACUGCAGUUUUUUAUACCCUGUGCCACUGUGCAAGCAACUUUCCCCCUUAAAUUUAGCAAAGCACUUUAGUUUGCCACAUCAAAUAAUAGUGUACUCUGUGUAUCUACCCCAUUUUUAAAGUCUCAAAUCCAAACAGGAUGAAACUGUUCCAUGUGUGAUCUUUCCGCUUGACCAUAUUUGCAUUGCUUCUUUGGGGAUUUCAUUUUAGCUAUUGUCUGCAACAUAAUUCUUAUGUGAGAUGUAGACAGCUUACAUGCAGCAUCGGUUUUCAGCCUUGUGCUGGAACUUUCAUUGUUCUUGAGAAGAAUGUAGAAUGAAGGGGGAAAGCGGGUAUGGCUUCACAGGACUCUUUACCUGUAGUGGGGAGAUGCCCUCCAAUUUUCUUACUAAAGUUAUUUUGGUUUCCCUAUACUUUGGAAAAUGGGAGUGUAAAGAUUUGGAACAUGGAUGUGCCUGGCCAAUAUUUGUGGUUUCCAAGCAGAGAUGUGAAUUAAUGACAGCCCCUGCAAAUGAUUGAGAUUUUGUUGCAUGAAAUGCUACCUGAUUGGCCUACUUCCAGGAGACUUUGAAUGAAUUUUUAAAGCCUCACCUAUUUCUUGCUCUUUUCCAUCAUGGUUACUACAGGAAAUGUUUGCUGCACCUUGAUUAACAAAUGUUUUGGUAACUUCUGUGGUCUUGAUGCCUUCAUAUGUGCAAACUAUGCAAAUGUAUAAAUAGGUGGAAAGGUUUUUAAACUACAAUUUGGCAAUUUAAUUUCAGUUAUGGUCCUGAAAGUUUCAGUGGUGCACACCUGUCCCCAGACUGCUCUUUAACAUUUUUUAUGGGGAGACCAUAACUCUGUGGUAAAGAACAUGCACUGAAUGGAGUAGGCUCCACGAUCAGCCUAGCAUGUUCAACUAAACAGAUCAGGUUGUAGAGGUUAUGGAAGACCUUCACCCAAGCCCUUGGAAGGCCCGUGGACAGCCAUCCAGAAUAGACCCUACUGAGCUGGUUAUACACACCACCUGAUCUGCUAUGAGGCAGACUCCUAUUUUGCCAGCAUGAAAAUGGGAGAAAGCAGCUAAAUGGCUCAUGUGCACAGGUAUUGCUUUCCCUUUGAAAGCAUUCAUGCUAUAUCCCAGGAAAUGUGCGGGGAGGAGUCAUCUGUGAACCCAGAUCACAAAAGAAUCCUUUCCUAAAAAGCAGGGUGCACAUUCCUCCAGUGGAUGAUAGCCUUACUUUGCUAGAAAUCAUGCAUUGGUGGGUAGCUUUUUCUCUUUCAAGGAACAGUAAAGAAAGUUUAAAAACAAACCUGGGUUGCUAGAUUAGUCCUUUCCUGUCCAUAAAAUUACCUCCCUCUCCCACACAAUUUGCUGUGAAGGUGAAGAGCUUAUGGAUUUAGAAAACUACCUUGAUUGUUUUGGCGAUGAAUCUCAGACCAUGUAAAUUCAGCUUUGCCCAGUAUAAAGUAGACACUUCCUGAUGCUUUGAAAAACCUGUAUGUGAAAAAACAUGGAGUGCCAUAGGCUUCAUGUGUCCUUCAGGCUGCAAGUGGGAAUAAUGGGCAAAUUAGGAUGGACAGUAAAUUGACAGCAUAUAAAUGUCAAUUAGCUUUCACAAUUAACUGUGUUGUAGCUUUUUUCACUGUUAUCAAUCCAAAAAUAGUUACUAAAGCCUGGGAUUUCAGUGUAUUUCAAAUAACUACUUGGUGCUUGGUGCAUCUUUCGUCUGCACUGCUUUACAAAUAUCAAUCAAGCCUCAAAGUAAGAAUUGCUUAUUUAUGUAGAAACUUAAAUUGAAUGUUACAUGGAGGAAAAGUCAGUGUUGGUGCUAUAUAGGAUACACGGACUCUUACCUCCUUGUACUAUUUUCAGGCCACUGAAGCAUACUUUUUGCUCUCUGUCCCAUAAAGAAGAGGGAAAGGGAACCCGAUUUACAGAUUGUAAAGACUAUAACUGACAUAUCAUCCAUCAUGCUUUGGGAACAUAUUUGUGAUGUGAUAACUCACAUGUCCCUGUUCUAAUUUCCCUUUACUCUUCAGAGCUGAUUGGAUUAAUGGGGAGUAUGCAUGCUGAAUUUCCUUGUGUGCCCAGUAAUAAAAAUUACCAGUGUCUUGGUUUUAUAAAAUAUUCUGAUAAAGCAAUUUGUUCUGUUUCUUAUUUGGAAGAUUAAGUUUUAAGGGCUUCAUUGGAUAAGGCAAAGUUUAACAAAAUAUUUUUAAGUGCAUGAUUUAAUUCUGGCUCUGUCAACUUUUGCACUGUGAAUAUUUUAAUUAACAUGUUUUAAACAAAAAUGUUGAGGGCUUAACUAUUACUUCCUGCCUUUUAAUCCAAGGGUCACUUCUAAUAUAAUGUUUUUGCAUCCGUAGCAUUGCUCUUGAAAUACAUUCUUGAGAGAGGUGUAUUUGGGCUCCAUGCAGUCAUUUUGUGGGAAUGGGCAGCCUGUUCUGUGCAUGCAAACUGCUGAAUCAGGUUCAGCUUCUGCUCAUAGAAAAGCUGGUUCAUCCUGACAAAACAUUUUCCAUGUAUGCACCCAUGAGAAUAACUUUUUGAAAACAGCCAUCCCUUGGGUGUAAAAUAUUAUUCUGGAACUGAUCCCUAGUCUUUGUUGAGACCAAUGGUAAGCGGAAGAAAGCUGGAGUGUAUGUAUGGAUGCAAAUGUGAGGCAUCCUUUAUUGUUUUGAAACAGUGAUACGCCACAAAUAGAAUGUAGUUAAUCCUAAAUUAUCUCUAGCAUAUUGGCAAGACUAUGUAGCCUUUUGUCUUCCACCAUGAUAGUUGCAGGUCCUGAUCCUAAAUAUUUGCUUGCAGUUAUGUCAUAAUGUUGAGUUUAACUUGCUGAAAACAGCUGCUGGCACACCCUGUUCCAAGCACUGAUUUAUGGGGUGUAUCAAAGCUUAGGAUCGGGCAAUAAGCAUCUGUAUUAAUCCCUUAGGGUUCAUAUGAAUACUUUAGAUUUUAUAGAUAUGCAGCUUGAAUUAGAAUCCCAGGUCUACAGUCCCACAAUGUAUCUGAAACUAAGAUCUGGAUUCCCCACCCCCAUGCAGAUUAGAGUCAUCCACCCAUUAAUUAAGGGCCUGAAUGAUUUGUUUUCUCUUGAGAACAAAACUGUAAUCGCAGUUCUUCAAGGACUGUGACUUCUUAACAAAAGCCAGUACUAACUGUGAGCUGCUCCAUAAACUGGGUUUUUGAAAUAAGCCUCCAGCCCCAUGAAGGAACCCAUUCCCUGCUGAUAGUAUUCUGAGCUUGAAAUGGAGCUGUUGCUUGUGAGCAAAACAUUUUCCAUCUAUGACCCCUUCUAAUGGCAGAGAGUUACACUUUUGGUAUUUGUAGAAUGGGGGGAAAAGUCACGCUUCUGCUGAGGCACUUACUAUCCACACAGUAUUAUUUUCCACGUAGAUCUCUAGAAUGUAUAUCUUCUGCAUUUUGUAUGAAUAAAAGGCAAGAUUUUUUUUUCACUGUGAUCCAGUGGUUUAGGGUUAUAAGGGGGAUGUUGGAGCAUCCCAUGUUGAAUGAUGGAUUAUGAAUCCAUUAAUCUUUAGGACAAGUAGGAUAACCUUUUAACAUCCAUAAAAUGCCAUUGAUUGAAUGACCUGGGGAAAAAAUGGGCAUCGUUUUCCAAGAAGAAAUAUCUGCUAAAAGCAUCAGUAAUCAUGAACUGUGUACAAAUCAGUCUGUAUAAAAUGUGUGUGACUUCUUUUAAUUCAUAUUCUUUGGUAAAAGGUACAUUGGUUGUGUUCAGUUUUCUGAUCCAGAAACAAAGACCAAAGAAGGCCAACCUCAUUUGAUUGUGUAUAUUCUGCCUGUCUUAAUUAUUGAUAGCUAUAAAGGAUACAGUGCAAGUAAGUGAAUUGGUAAUCAAUGGUUUUUGUAUGUUUUUUUUUAAGGAAAGGAAACUUUAAAGUGUAUAAUUUAUUGCUCAGCAAUACCAUGUUGUUAAUAACAAUUAGCAACGUGUUCUAAUUUCCCAAUAGCAUUAUAUUAUAUGUUGUCUUUCAGUUUGUUGUAUUGUUACUUGGUAUUUAUUUGUGUUUGAAGGUCUUGCUAUGUCUUGUGUUUUGAUGCUAAUAAAUGAGAAAGUGUGUAGAAUGCCAAACUUUGAAAUGCUGAACUGUAUUAAAGGAAAAAAAAUAAACCUAAGUAGGAAGUCAUAUUUUUUAA